AUGGAAACGAUUGAUAGGAAGGAACAGCGAAGCGAAAAACUUGUCCAUCACCUGGAAACAUGUUUCAAUACCAUCAACCAUAUGCUGAUCGGAUAUCUGACGUUCUUUCUGUCGUACUACUCCUAUACCAGAGGUUUUGGCAAACUGUUUACAUGGCACAUUUUUCUGUGCUCCGUUGGGUACCAAUUCUUUAUGGCUGAGUCGCUGCUUACACUGUACUCGCAAAACUCGUGGACGAAUCGCUACUCCACUAAAGCCAAACGCCAUUGGCAUUGGAUUUUGCAAGCGAUUGGAUGUAGUGCAAUUUUGGUCGGCAUCGUAAUUGAAAUCUACAUUAAAGAGGAUGCCGGUCGACAGCACUUCCGUUCCGAUCAUGCCAUCACUGGGCUUGUUUCGCUUAUCUUUAUUGGAUUAUCAUUUCUGAACGGUAUCGCCGCGAUGUACACCGUCAAGAUUAAGCAUAUCAUUAGGCCAGUUUACGUGAAGAUGUGCCAUUACCUGACCGGUAUCGUCGCCUUCGUUAUCGGGAUAACAUCUUUGGCCCUAGAGUACUCACCGCGGAUGUUAUCGUUGCAGCACAAGCAUAUGCUUAUCGCAUUCAGCACAAUAUCGACGGCACUGACACUGGUUGGGGUGUGCAAAACGAUGUUUAAUCAGUUCAGAACUUUGCGCAAAUCCUAA